AUGUCGACCCAGUCUGUGGCGCCGCCUUCGCCCCAGCUCGAUGCGAUGAUGAAUCCGCCCGAGGCCGAGGCGCCGGCGUCCCGCUCGUCUCGCCGCUCGUUCCGCGCACGUGUUUCGGACACGAUCCAGCGGGCGCGCGGCCGCUCUGUGAGCCCGGCGAGGCCGGAACGUCCGGGCGACGAGACGCCUGCAAGCCCCAGCAAGGGCUUGCGCGUUAGCCAGCUGCUGCGGCGCUCGUUUGAUAUGGCGCGCAGCACAUCGCCAGGUCCGAGCGCGUCACGAAACCAGGACGUGGUGUACAGCUACAAUGCACCCACUUUUGAGAUGCCUGACCUCCCUGACUGGCAGCUCUACGAUGGCACGAGCGUGUCGAAGGAUCUUGACAAGAUGAUGGCUGUGAACGAGUCUAUGGCGCAGCCCAAUCCCGCGGCGAUGCAGGCCCCAGCCGCCGCGCCGCUUCCGCCGCUGCAGCCGGCGCACGUCGCGGCGCACAUGCACUUCCAGCCUGGCCAGGUCAUUUCGUCGACAGUCAUGGCGCCCAUGUCGCCGGCUAUGCCUGAGGCAUCGGCCCCUGCCCCCCUCCUUUCGCCGCCCGCGCCCGUGCCACAUGAUGACGAGGUACCGUGGUCGAUCCCGCCCGGCGAAGCGCCCCUGUUUGGUCAGACACGGCAGCGUUCCCGCACCGCGCGCGAAAGUAUGGGCACUUUGCCAGCUGCCUCAUUUAAUCGCGACCGCCCGUCGUCUCCAGCACCACCAGUCCGCGCCGUGCCCUCGGAAGAAGGGCGCACAGAGGCAGACAUUGUGGAUGCCUAUGCUGGCGAGGCGCCUCUCCCAUCGGUGCCUGCCGAUGAGACGGCCGAUGAUACGGUGAUCGAGCAUGCGAGUGCGCCGCCGGAGCCGGCUGUCGCGAGCGAGGCCGGCACGUCGUGGCGCAUGUACGACUCGGAUGACGAAGAGAUGGACGAGGGCGGCGCAGGGCGCCUAUACCACCAGCACCACACCGAGAGCGAUGCACCAGGACCGUCGCGCACUGCGUCCGCUCAGAGCCACACAUCCGAGCACUCGGAAGCCAAGCAGCAGCGCAUACUCUCGGCGAUGCAGAAAGCGCCGGAAGGCGCGGGCCUCACUGACCUGAUGAACCGCGUAGUGAACCCUGAGCGCCAGAGCUGGUUUCAGGGCCUCUGGUCGCGGCAGUCGUCGCACAGCUCACAUGCGAGCGGCAAGGCAUCGCAGCGCUCCGCGUCGACCGGCGACGGUGUCAUUUUCCGCGGCGCCGAUACGAGCCCGUCGCUCUACAGCAACGACGAGCGCUUUAGUGAUCGUGACUCUCUCCUGGAACGGCCGGACGCUGACACCGUGCCAGGCCCAUCGGAGCCUGCACCUGCGCCCACGCCCCGGCCUCUGUCGCGCGCGGCCGAGGAACCUGCUGACUCCGACGCUAAGGCGCCCGUCCGCUCUACACCGACAAUGCCCAGUGCCGCACCGACAGGCUGGGAGAACCAUCCAGAUGCGCAGUGGCACAGUACAUAUAACGAGACGUGGCAAGACCCGAACGGCACACACUAUGAAGGGUACGAUGCACAGGCGGCCUGGUAUGGCGCCGAGGGCUCAUGGCAAGACCCAAAUGCCCAGUGGCACGAUCCGAAUGCCCAGUGGCAGGACCCAAAUGCUCAGUGGCAGGACCCAAAUGCCCAGUGGCACGAUCCGAAUGCCCAGUGGCAGGACCCAAAUGCCCAGUGGCAGGACCCAAAUGCCCAGUGGCAGGACCCAAAUGCCCAGUGGCACGAUUCAAAUGCGAGGCAGGACCCCAACGCACCGAUCACCUACGACGAACACGGGCACGCACCUGGCCACCACUUGGCUGUGCAGUCGUCGCAUAUUCCCGACAUUUCGUACCAUGGCCCUCACGAGUGGGAGGCACCCGAGCAGGGGUGGCACCAUCCCAACUGGCGCUCGGUCGCGUGUGAGCCGAAUGCGUAUGCGCGCCCCCAUCAAGUGCGACGCAAAGCCCCGCCAGGCUCGCAGGGUACCCUGCCCGCCCCCUCGCCCAAGCUCGCGCCAUCUCCAAAGCCGGCGUCAACUCCAAAGCCAGCGCCAGCUCCGAAGCCAGCGCCAGCCACACAGCCCGUUGCGGCACCUCUCAUGCCGCCCAUUGAUGAGGACGAAGAAAGCAUUAUCAACGAGGAUGGCAAACGCCUCAAGCCGGAUGGCUUUGGUGGGUUCAAGGUCGUGGACGAGGCAGAUCCAGCUCCAUCUUCUCCUGCGACAGAGCCGACCUCUACAUCGACGCCCAAACCCCCGCAGGACCCGCUGCCGCCCCCUGACGCUCCCAAAUCGCGUCCGCAAAGUGCGGUCAUAACGCCGCGACCGUCUAUCAUCCGUCCCGAGGCACCGCGCGCGAGGCAAUCUAUGCCCGCCGCGACGCCGCCUAAGAAGCGCGAUGGCCACUUCCAAAUUGCGCCUGAGGUGUACACGACACCUCAGAGCUUGCAGGGCACGAGGGGCCGCAUGACGUGGACACCCGAAAUGGCCGAGGCAGCCGCCAAGUACAUCCAGACCAUGACGGCCUCCGCCUCGCAGUCGAUCCUACACGAAUCCGAGCCAGGAACGUCGAUGAGCGCCGCGACUGGCGCGCCCGAGCCGCUGGUCCCGCACAAGAGCGCGCCGGUCGCGCCCCCUGCGUCGCUGCCGACAUCACAGUCGGUUGUCGAGCAGCUGCAGGACCAGGGCAUGCAAGUUGUGCUGGAUGCGGGCGACGGCGUCGAGCUCGCCAACUUGCCACUCCAACAGGCCCUCCAGGAGAUGAUGAUGCGCUUCUACUUUUUCGAGCGCCACUCUGUGCCGCUCCUACGUGAGCUCGAUAAGCGUCUUAUUGCGCUCGAACAGUGGGCCGACCUCCCUGCGGCUCCGGGGGCCGAGGCUCCAGCAUGGAACCGCGAGGCUGUCUCUCGCAUGACCAGCGAGGUCCGGCGCGAAGUGCGCAUGCUCAUGCACGGAACGAAAGCGCUCCAUGAGAGUCGCCUGCAAGUGCAAGAACUGGCAAAUCAGUCAACGCCGUCCAAGAAGCGCAAGCGCCCGGUCAGUGCGGUCCUGCCCGAAAAGCGCCUCGCCUCGAUCUCGUCGCGCGCGUCCAGUCGUGUGUGCAGUGGGGAAAGCGAAUCGUCGCAGGUCACGACUGUCGUGAGACAGCUGCCCGAGCCGCCCGUCGCAGCGUCCAGUGCGCCACCACGCUCACCUAAGAGCGGACCACGGCCAUGCCCGCCGACACCCGUGCGGACGCCACGCGUGUCGCAAGGACCGGCGAACGAGUACGAGCCUCGACUCCCAGAGACCGAAUCCCAAGCGCUUUUGCCCGAGCCUCGCAUGGAACACACAGCAAGCGAGGCAGCGGCGCCAGAGCCUGCCGAGCCCUCGCCUGCAGAAAGGACAGGCGCUUUGCAGUCGAAGCCGACGACCCUCGUGCCCGAAAAGACGACUCUUGCGCCUGAGCCGACGAUGCUGGCGCCUGAACCGCCUGAGCCGACGCCUGAGACAAAGACCCUGGCGCCUGAACCGCCUGAGCCGACGCCUGAGACAAAGACUCUUGCGCCCGAGCCGGCUCCUGUGCGCGCCCCGUCGCCGCCUGCCGUGGUCCCCGUGCAACGCGCGCGCAGCUUGCUGCUGGCAUCGCUGCGGCGUGCGGAUGAACGCACACGCACGCCAUCUCCGGCCCUUGAGCAUGCCAAGGCAAGCGAAGAGCCAGCAACCCCUCAGACUGGCGAGCGUAUGGCCGCUGAGUCCAGCGACGAACCUAGCCGUGCGCCGCUCUCGAAUGUGGGUAAUACAUCUACACCGAGCGGCGGCCUACGUGCGCGAGCUCAAAAGUACCUGGACAAGGUUGAACAGACUUCCUCGCCGAACCUAGAAACACCUGAGAAUGUCGCACCCAAACGUUCCAACUCGUUCCAGCCUUCGGCGCUUAAGGGCUCUAACGCCUCUCUGAGGCGCCCCUCUUCUGCGGCCGCUUCCGAGGAAGAUAAGCCCAAUGCAGAUGGAUUCAUCCUGGAUCCUUAUGGCGGUGUGCCAAAAGCUGUCUCGGCGCUUCAACAGGCACGCGAUUCGAGCCAUUCCGGCGCCGCCAAAGGUCUGUUGCUCUCGCUCGGUUGGCUCGACAGACUGCUCUCGUUCUUCAUUCUUGCAGCUAUGAUUCUGGGUGUUAUUAUCGGGCAGUUUGCACCACAUGCGAAAGAGCGCCUAGACAAGGGCAAUAUGGUCGGGGUGUCUGCUCCCAUGGUCGUGGGACUCCUAGUGAUGAUGUGGCCGAUCCUAACGAAUGUCCAGUAUGAGCGGAUCCACCUCCUCUUCCGCACGCGCCGAAUAUGGUACCAGCUUGGCCUUGCCCUGCUCAUCAACUGGCUGCUCGGCCCAUUCCUCAUGCUGGGGCUCGCAUGGGCGACGCUGCCCGAUCUACCCGAGUAUCGUAUCGGCAUCAUCAUGGUCGGCCUCGCUCGAUGUAUUGCGAUGGUUAUGAUCUGGAACCGCAUCGCUCGGGGCGAUAGCAAUACAUGUGCCAUCCUCGUCAUUAUUAAUUCGCUCUUACAAAUGGUCCUAUACGCACCGUACGCCUUAUGGUUUGUCAACGUCAUAUCUGGCGACACAUCCUUCUCGCUACAAUAUGCACGUACGGCCACCUCUGUCGCCAUCUACCUCGGUAUUCCUCUCGCGGCUGGUAUUGUGACACGCUUUGUUAUGCUUGGACUGCUCGGUCGCGACGCUUUCCACACGCGCUUUUUGCCGUUCUUCGGCCCACUGAGUCUUGUGGCCCUGCUGUACACCAUCAUUGUGAUUUUUGCAUCCCAGUCUCAACAAAUUCUCGAUAAUCUCGGGCCUGUAUUUCGAACGAUUGUGCCAUUGGUCGUGUAUUUCGCGAUAAUGUGGGUGGCGACCUUUGCGCUCGUUUGGUUUCUUUCACGGCGGUAUGGCCGGCGCGAGUGGGGCUAUCAGAUGGCUGUUGUCCAGUCGUUUACCGCCAGCUCGAACAACUUUGAGCUGGCCAUCGCUGUGUGCGUCGCCUUGUACGGCGCUGACUCGCCCCAGGCCCUCGCUGCGACGGUUGGCCCCCUCGUCGAGGUACCAGUGCUUUUGCUCCUCAGUUGGCUCGCGCUGCUUGUCGGGCAGCACAUGCGCUGGGACGUCAAGUCCACAUUCGAUCAGAAUGAGAUCCCCAAUACGACUACUGUGGUGCCUCCCAAGACUGCGGACUCCAAAACCGACUAG